UGAUUGGUCGGUCUUCUUCUCACGGAGUUGAGAGGCCAUCGCUCGUCAGCGGACUUGCAAGAACGCGCAAUGUUCGCGACCACCUUUUUUCUCGGUUCCUUUCUCGUCAUCCAUAUUUCUGUGGUGCCAGUGCUGUCGAGCUGCCCGGAGAGUUAUACGGCCACCAACGUCUCUGCACUUGGCCUGACCGUUUCUCCCGUUUACACUGGUUCCAGCGACUGCGACUGCAAGUGCGUCGUUGGAGUGGAUUCCAACAUCAACACUAGCCUACCUUCUGAUACAUGCAAUACGAACACGGAUAACAACACCCUGAGGUAUCUAAUGGCCAUAACAGCGAUCAACGCUCUCUUGCUGAUAGUCCUCAUAUUCAUUGUGGUACUAUACGGAGUCAUCAUGUUCAGGAAGAAAUACGGCUGGGUGAAAUACUUAGGACCUAACAUCAACCAGCCCAGCACAAACAUCAACGAGGCAUAUGGAGUUUUCAAUGGAAAUGAUGAAGAUACCUAUUCCAACAAAGGCUACAGUCUGGUGGAAGCUGCAGGAACUGAAGAUCAACACCAGAAAGUGACAAAAACAGACAAUGACACCUAUUCCAACCACGCUACACUGUGGUGGAGGCCGCAGGGACUGAAGCUCAACUCCAGAAUGCAGCAAAGAAAGACGAAGACAGGCUAUGCUCCCCUUGGCUAUAGUGUUGGGGAGUCAGCUGGUACCGAAGACCAGCGCCUCAGCACAGCUUUUCUCCUCCCAAACAGUGAUGCCGGAGAUACUGAAGAUAAUGAAUACUCCUACACUGACCUCCGGUUUCACAACUUUAAGUCAGACGCUAAGCCAGGGAAAAAAGGAAAAGGAAAGAAAUCUGAGCAGGCAAAGAAAAAGGCGAGAAAUCCGCGCCAGGGAAAGAAAUAUCAGAGCAGGGAAAGA